AUGUCUUCGCCCUCGUCGCAGCAGCCUCGGACGGCGAAUGUCGUGGAUUGUUGUAAAAGAGAGUACAGAACAAGAUUCUGCCAUGGAAGAGGAAAUAAGAUAGCUGUAGAACCAGGUCAAGAUGUACUGAAACUCAUACAGGAUGGUUUUGAAAGUUGUGGCAAUGAUCUUACAAUUACCUCUUCAAGUCCAGCGCGUUGCUCAACUCCUGUUGUCAGAAAUGACAACACAGCUGCAGGGUCAACAGGAGAGUUAGCUAACUCUACAGAAAGAGCCUUUAAUUCUGCAGUGUCCUUACCUGCAUCACCACUAAAACCAGUCAACAGCAGAGCAGGACGGUCACAUGUAUCACCUCUGAAGCCUGUAAUAUGUGAUUAUGUAGCUGAUUCUAAAACCCCAGAGUCUCCAGUGUCUAAAGAAGAAAUAAAUGAUACAUUGAAAGGUGUUGAAGCACUACCCAAAAGUCCUGACGUGUCUUUGGACCCUGAGAAUGAUCAUGGGCCAGUUAGAUUGCUGCUUCCGGAGGAAGCAAAAGGUCCUCCAGCACGUAGAUUACACUUUCAUGGGCAAAAUGCUCCUGCUGCAGUUAAGAGCCACAUGGAAGUUGAAAAUCUGGGAGGACCUCAGACUGGAAGAGAUGAGCAGGUUGUUCUCAUGGAUGGAACAGAAUGUAUUGCUGCGUCUUCUGUACAGAAAAGGAAGCCUUUCUCUUCAGUUGUCUUAGCAGCUGUAGCAACAGAAGCACUUGGAAAAAGGUAUUCAGCCUCAAUAUCACCUCCAUCACCUCCUCCUGUCAAAGAUCAGGAUAUAGAAAAUGAAUGUGAUUUUUUCAUUGAUGAAUCACAUUAUGUGUCUUGUAAUUCUUUCUUGUCAAUACCCUGUACGAAAAAAAAAUCAAGAAAAGCUAGUUCUGAAACUCCUGUUUCUAAGUUUCAGCCCUCUGAAAAGAUGACAGAGGGUAAGAAAAACAACAGAAAAGCACAGGUUGAAACACUUACUAAACAGACAGUGGAUGAUUUGGACAUCAGAGUACAUCAGUUGAAAGGAACAUCAGAAUCAAAUUUCAUCUCUGACAGUGAAGGAAAGGUUCUUAGAUCUCAAAGGCAAAACAUUACUCAUAUGGAAAAGGAGAAGGCAGAGGGUAAGAAAGGCAAGACGAGAAAAGUACAGGUUGAAGCACUUACUAAACAGAAAACAGAUGUUUUGGACGUUGGAAUGCAUGAAUUAAAAGGGAUAUCAGAAUCAGGUUCCAUCUCUGACAGUAAAGGAAGAGUUGUUAAAUCUCAAAGGCAAAAUAUUACUCGUAUGGAAAAGGAGAAGGCAAAGGAUAAGAAAGGCAAGACGAGAAAAGUACAGGUUCGAGCACGUACUAAACAGAAAAUGGAUGAUUUGGAUGUCAGAAUGCCUGAAUUAGAAGGAACAUCAGAAUCAGAUCCCGUCUCUGACAGUGAAGGAAGGGUUGUUAAAUCUCAAAGGCAAAAUAUUACUCGUAUGGAAAAGGAGAAGGCAAAGGAUAAGAAAGGCAAGACGAGAAAAGUACAGGUUCGAGCACGUACUAAACAGAAAAUGGAUGAUUUGGAUGUCAGAAUGCCUGAAUUAGAAGGAACAUCAGAAUCAGAUCCCGUCUCUGACAGUGAAGGAAGAGUUCUUAAAUCUCAAAGGCAAAAUAUUACUCGUAUGGAAAAGGAGAAGGCAAAGGAUAAGAAAGGCAAGACGAGAAAAGUACAGGUUCAAGCACGUACUAAACGAAAAAUGGAUGAUUUGGAUGUCAGAAUGCCUGAAUUAGAAGGAACAUCAGAAUCAGAUUCCAUCUCUGACAGUGAAGGAAGGGUUCUUAAAUCUCAAAGGCAAAACAUUACUCAUAUGGAAAAGACUAAAAAGGAUGCACUUAAGCAAAGCUCUCCAAACAAGGAAAAGGACACAUCCUGGAAACCAGAAGCCAAAAAAAUUAUGUUGUCACAGUCUGGUCUGGAAACAAAAGCAUGUGAUGCAGAACAAUGUAAAGCAAUGGUGAUGCCAAGUGAGGAUUCACUUAUGUCCUCAGCUGGGCACCAGCAAGAGCGAUCUUCAUCUCCAAAAGAGAAUCUCAAGUCUUCCAGGAAUGUACCGUCAGCUUCAAAAGCUUCUCAGCAUGUAGUUCACAAGAAACAAUCUGUUAAGGAGAAACAGCCAGGGGAUACGGUAGCUAAGAGACUGGCAGGAAGUCCGAGGAAGAAGCUUAAAAAAACUGACAAGAAAAGUAGUGAUAAAAAGCCUCAGUUACAAAGAAAGGAGAUUUCUCACAGUGUACCCAGUGAAGAAGAGCUUGAAAGCGAGCCUGCAAAAUUGGAUGAGGUGUUUGCCUCAGUCCUGCAUCGGGAAUUAGAGACUUCUGUGAUUCAGAACUUGGCUAAGUCUGGAAAGCCUAAAAAUAUAUUGCGGGUGUUGGAGUCCAUUGGUGGUGCAAAUUACAAAACUCCUGCAAAAGCACUACAGCAUGUCGUAGGCAGCGUGAAGAAUUCUGAAAAGGAACUGCUGUCAGCUAGGUCUUCAGGGAAGACGCCCAAAAGGAGUCAGUGCAGAAACAGAGAAGGUGUUUGCUCAAGCCCUGAGGACAGUGAGUCUCAAAUGGAUUCUGACAGCUCUUCUGUACAGGAAAAUACAAGGGAAUACCACAAGUUAUCAGAUGUGAAAACAAAAAGUAACAAAAGGAAACGUUAUGCACAACACGGGCUAAAAAAUUCCAUUGCAGCUCUGAAGCCUACAUGUCAUGAAAGGCCUGUUCUAGAACAUUGUGAUAAAUUUGAUUCUAGAAGAAUCUAUUGUGAAGAGGAUAAUACAUCUUCAGAUAAUUCUGAAGGAUUGGAGAGUAAAAUACGCCACCUGUUGUCAGACGAAUUAGUAAGACAUAAAAUAGUAAUGCCUUCCAACACACCUAAUGUUCGUCGGACAAAAAGGUUACGACUGAGACCUCUGGAAUAUUGGCGAGGCGAGCGUGUGAAAUAUACGAUGAGGCCUUCAGGAGGGCUUGUGAUUAGUGGAAUAGUGUGUCCAGAACCAGAACCGGACAGGAACAUUAACCAGAGGAAGGAUGGUCACAAGCAGAGAAAGGAUGAAAGAAGAAGUGAGAGACCUCCAAAUGUGGGUCACAGCCUAGCUGAUCCUUCCAAGCCAGCUGUUGUAGUGGACCCGGUAACAAAUCAGGAAGUACUUCUAGAAUGUGUUAACACUGAAGGCAGUAACGCAUGCUUCUUCAGAGAUGAAACGGUAGAAGUAUAUAAAAAUUUGAAUACAACUGCUUUUGCCACUGGUAAACUGAUUUUGAAACCAUUAAAAGAAAAGGGACAUCAGUUUGUCCACAUGGAUACAAUAGCUUUCCAUAUUAUCUGUGGCAAACUUCUUGUUACCUUACAUAAGACAACAUAUUAUCUGACUACAGGGGACUUUUUCUAUGUUCCAGCAGGAAAUGGAUAUAGCAUACGUAACCUUCUGAAUAAAGAAAGUGUUCUUCUCUUCACACAACUCAAACGAGACAGGUGAAGAACUUACUGAAGAAAAAUUUGCUGAAACACUUGUAAAGCUUUUGUACGUUUCCAAGUUCCUUUUACAUACAAAAAGUGAUUGAGUGCACCCAGCUUAACAUUUCAAAUUGAUGCAAAGCAGCUGAAAUUAAUGGAAGAGUUAAGAACAAAACCAAAAGAACCUCAGUAGUUGGCGAAUGAACAGGAGUGGCAUACUGAGAGGCUUCACUCUGCAUUAGUUACUGUUCUUGUGUUAUCCAAAGACAGAAAGAUGUACAUGUAAAAUAUGUUGGUAAAGCACGUUGGUGAUCCAGAUUGUAUGCCUCAUCUCCUCUAAAGAUGCUUAGCACUAGAAAAAAUUUUGACAUCUUCAGCUAACUUUUGGUAGUCUUAAUGUCUGUUUGUUACAAACUGUUCAGAAUAAUCUCUGUUUAAAUGUAGGACCAUGCUGUUCACGUUCUUGUCUAGGUGAUGGGUUGCUGGAAUCUUGGGUGCUGGGGUGCAGCCACCUUCUGCUGUGUUAAUGACGUGUUUCUUCCUUGUUUAGCAGAUGUGUGGUUAGUGCCUCAAACUGUAAAAUGUGAGCUCUUAAGUAGGAGCUUAUCAGUUGUAUCUUUCACAUGGAAGCUAUGGCUUGAUUAGCUCUGAGCACUGUGGAUAGCUUUAUUUUGUGUAGCAUGGAUAAGUCAUUGCCAAAUGUAUUACUUUAAUAUCUCCUUUUGUUUUGCUUGCUGUGUUCCUGGAUAAUAAUGAGGACCUGUGGGAAAACUGUAAUUAUACUGUAUACUCCAGAAGCCAAGUCUAGACAGCAGAUGGUGUACACAGCGUUUGUCUCCCAAGCUCUUUCAGGUUCCUUCUGGCUGAAGAUAAGGAUAAACUGCAGCUAUUCUGGUAGGAUACUUUCUCUCAGUGGUCGCUGGUAUUCUAGAAGAGAAAGAGAUAAGGAAAAUUGAAAAGGAAUUGUAAACUUUAAGGACUUCAGGAUUGAGUGCAAACAGCCUUGGCCAUGAUCUUUAUGCUAUAUCUUAAGUAUACAUUAAAGUAGAAAAGACGGAUUGGC